CCCAACUGAGGGCAGAGGGACGCGAAGGAAUCGGAUGUUCCGUUCCGCGAGAGCGAUUCCCACCCCCGACGCGCGGGCGGCGGGCGUGAUCGCGCACGGCCACCUCCGGAUUUUGGCGGCCUCUGCCGCCGAUGUUGGGGCGUGUGUUGGCGGCGGUGGCGAGUCGACGACGUCGGAGUCGCCACUCUUCGCAGAGGGGCGAGUCGCGCGCGCGUUCGGGGUGCGUUCUGAUGUGCCGUUCCGUCUCCUCGGUGUGACUCCAGUGAUGGUGUCGUGUCACGUCCACGAGAGAAUCGACCUCGAAGGCGAAGGCACGGAGCGACAGCAGCAGCAGCAGCAGCAGCAGCAGCAGCAACCAAAGCGACGAUGAUCUUCCGGAUCGAUUUUCCUCGCUUUUCCUGCGCCCAGGACAGAUACUGACGAUAUGGAUACAGUAUGGCUUCAGUACUCUGGCAUGCCUCUGGGAGUAGUUUUCUUUCGUCAGCCCUCGUGCUACUCUUGCUACUCUGUCCAGACAGCUCCACAGCCCGCGAGGUAAUUGACGCGCCACUGCCACAACAAGACUACGUUCCAUCACUGCCGCCACCACCACCGGGAGGCCUCACCACUGCCAGAACACCAAAGUGCGACCAAAAGUUCGUAAGCACUCCUGACGGGCCGUCGAAUGGAACUUUUCAUGCACCGACGCUGAUCAACCUCGAAGGGAAUCCUCGACAGUGCGUUUAUACGUUCCUCGCAGGGCCACGUCAGCGUGUCGAAUUGGUUUUCACGUCGUUCGGCCUUCGGGGAAAGCCGCCAGAUGGAUCUGCUGUGGGAGAAUUACCCGCCUGUGUUCACGAGUUCAUGGAUAUAUACUCGGAGAUACGAUCGGAGAACACGACUAAGCUGAUAGAAACGCCAUUCGGCGGUCGGUUCUGCGGGCCGACCCCACCUCGUAGACGGGUUUCUCUCUAUCAGGGGAUCGCCUUAAGUUUCUUCACCGACAAGAAUCUCACGCUACCGAACGUUUUCAGCGGUAUUUACAAAUUUAUCAACGCCUCCGAGUACGAGGUGGGCACGCUGGCGCCGAGCACACCGUGCUCGUUCACGAUAAGCGCGGAGGCCAAGGGCAGCGGCAACAUACUGUCGCCCACUUAUCCUGGCACCUAUCCGAAGGACCUCGUCUGUAGCUAUCAGUUUAUCGGCAAGGCCGGGCAGCGCGUGCGACUGGAGUUUCGCGACUUCGACUUGUUUUUCGGGGGGCCACAUUGUCCGUUGGACUACGUGAAGGUGCACGACGGCAUCGACAAUUCGACGGCCGUGAUCGGCACGUACUGCGGCCAACAGCGGAACCUGGUGCUGUACUCCUCGGAGUCCAGCCUGUACGUGGCGUUCGUCACGCUCAAGCGCACCGCGAACACGCAGAACCGCGGCUUCAAGGGCAUCUUCGAGUUCUCAGAGAGUUUCGUCAGUCUGGACUUCAUCAAGGAGUACCAAGGGGAGCACAUCCGCGGAUCCGAGUGCGACCAGAAGAUCCUCAGCAAGAAGGAGACCUCGGGAUUCGUAGUCAGCCCAAACUUUCCAUAUCCUUACAUACCGAAGGUCGUCUGCCGUUACUUCAUCUACGGGAUGCAGGACUCGCAGCACCUCGAGCGCGUGCGACUGGAGUUUGAGAAAUUCGCGAUACAGACACCGAAGGGAGAGUCAUGCACCGAUGGCUACCUAAAGCUAUAUCUGAAGGGUCAGGAGGCGACGGAUUCCUACGACAAAUUCGAUUACGAGAUGUGCGGCAACAAGAGCAAUCCGAGCCACGUAGUUAGCGACGGGCCGAGACUCGUGAUGGUGUUCAGUAGCGGCGAGCUGCAGGCGACGGGUUUCAAAGCGAAGUACACCUUCGAGACGGAGUACAAGAUCCCGGGCACCGCGGCUCCUGAUGGCAGCUGCACCUUCACGUACCGCAGCUCGUCGCGCAAACGAGGAGAAUUCAACUCGCCGCGCUACCCCAGCAACUACCCGAGCGACACCAACUGCACGUACUUCUUCCUGGCGACGCCGAACGAACAGGUCGCGCUGAUCUUCGAUCACUUCAAGGUGCGGACGAAGAAUCUCAAUGCCACGGACGGCCACUACGGGUACGAGCUGUGCCAGGAAGACUGGCUGGAGAUCUACAAUAUGUAUAGAGACCACACGGAGAAGCUGAUCGGCAGGUAUUGCGGCACAACCGCGCCCGGCCCGGUCGAGUCGAACCUUGGCGCCCUCGGCUUGAAGGUGAUUCUCCACACCGACUCGGAGCUCGUCUACAGCGGCUUCAAGGCGCGCUACACCUUCGAGGUCGCCAAACCUAUCUUUGGAGAUUGCGGGUCGAAUAUCAGCAGCUUAAAUUAUGGCAUCAUUACCAGUCCGAAUUUCCCGAACAAGUACGAGGGACCGGCGCGGAACCUCGCCAGCAAGACCUGCAACUGGUUCAUAAGAGUGCGGCCGAAUCAGCAGAUACUGUUGAACUUUGAGCUUUUCUCCGUGGAGGGCGACCAAUCAGCGCGAGGGUGUCCGGCGGCCGUGUUACGUAUGUGGUACUCCUUGACGUCGACCCCGCGCGAACUCUGCGGCAUGAAACCAACCGACGCUAAGUGGAGCUUCAUCUCGGAGGACAACAACAUGCGGCUCAGCUUCAUAUCGGCCGACAAGGCGGUGGGCCAGCAGGGCUUUCGCGCGGUCUGGACCGAGGUGAGCAGCGACACCGUCUGCCAAGAUCAGUUUCUAUGCAGCAAAAAUAAGUACUGCAUCGCCGAGUCCCUACGGUGCAAUAACAUUGAUAAUUGCGGGCCGGACGAUGCGUCGGACGAGGAGAACUGUGCAGCAUCAGCCCCAUUGUCACCAGCACUGGCUGGGGCCUCUGCCAUGCUUCUUCUCUCUCUGUGCUUUGUGUUCGUGGCCAUCUGAGCCCCCUCAUGAAGCUUCCGACGAUCCGGCAUGCUAUGAUCUCCCCUAUCAAUCACGUGAGUUCACUCACAGUAUUGCACAUCAUUAUCGUACUUAACAAGCCCGAUUGGAAUGAACAUAUUGCGUGUCACACACUUGGUCUCCGGCGUGUCUCACUUCGAACGACCGUUGCGACCGGCGCGGGCGGUCGUUACUCCCGACGUACGUCCGCGGCCGGAGACGAAGAGAGCGAUGAGGAAGGACGAACGAGUGGUGGUGCCGGUGUCAUUAUGCCUUGUCCUUGUUAUCAGCCUCAAGCGCGACACACGGACGAUAUAUUGGCUGCGUUACGAACGCUGCGUCUAUACGGGAGACAUACAUAGUUUGUGUCGGGUAUACUAUGGAUUUUCAGCGCUGGCGGUAAAUCUCGGAAACGCGGCUAUAAUUAUCGUCGAGGUUGCGCUCUGUUCGAGUCUGACUAACAAUCGUGGACGAUCGCGCAUCGCGCACAAGAGAGAAUCGGGAUUGAUGGAGACGCCGCAGAAUUGUGUAAAUGAGAGAGAAGAACAGUCGAGCGCGUCGAGUCUCUCUCUCUCUCUCUCUCUCUCUCUCUCUUGGUCGCUUCGAUGGCUUUUCGUCGCGCUUUUGUUAUCGAGGUGAAUGUCUCAAUCAGCGGCCGCGUGACGUAAUCGUCAAAGUGAAUGAAUUGGUUGAUUACAUAUACUUGACGUGCAAAGUUGACUCUGUCGGCAAGCCUGAGCAUUCGGCGUUUAGAUUGUGUGUCAACGUUCCAACUCACGGCAAGAUCUUCACUUACUUUCGUCGGAAAUAACUAAAGUACCGUUCACACGGCAGAAGUUGAAGAAGAACGACCGCUAACACAGAUGACCGAUAUUAACCGUCAACGUUCCAAGCCAACAUCUUCGAUGAAUGAUUGUUCGAACUAUCGCUGUUAGCAGCACGCUCGCGGUCAUGACGUCCCAACCGUGGCUUUUAAUUUUCUUCGAAACUGAUGAUUGUUGCGACUGAUAAUAUACAAGAUAGACAAGUGAGAACACACGUUUAGGAUAAAUGCAGACCCGUGUGUAAACAAAGCUUUACAAGGAGAAGCAAAUACAAUACCGUUAAAAAUUGGGACAUUCACUUUACUAUCGAACGGGCGGUUUCGCGAAUUGGAGAAAACGGGAAACACAACACGUCGGUUUUUACCUUUUCGGCCGGGGCAUCACGUGCGACGACGACAUCCGACACAACAAAAAGAAAGCAUGUCGAGAGGGAAUGCAAUUACAUUGGUUAUAUGCCUUUACUAACUUUUUGACUGCAUGCGAUUAUUUUCUACUAUUUGUACUCCUGAAUCUCUUGCGACGUACUUUCUCUCUCUCUCUCUCUCUCUCUCAUUCUCUUCUCCCUCUCUCUCUUUCUCUCUCUCUCUUUCUCUAUCAAAUGUACUAUUUGCCUUUUUCUCGUAGUUUACCCUAUAUCUUUUUCGAUCUACAUGGCAUUACUUGCAAAUUAAGCCCGUAUAUAAUUUCGAAGACUCGCAAGUCCGUUACUCGUAGUCUAAUAACAACUCGGUGAGUGACAUCUCUUAAAUUAUAGUAUUUCUAAUCAGUCCACGUGUUUAGCAAUCCAUCAGCGUACCGCCAACGGAUCGGAUACGAACGCGCACGAAGCAUUUCGAAAUUGUGGUUAGAAAGAAACAUAUUUCAUCGUUCAGCGACACCGUUCAAAUAGAAUAUAUCGACGAUACCAGCAUAAAAGAAUAGAUGAAUUAUACAUAUAAGAAGUCAUCAAAUGAAAUGGAUAAUCUUGAGAAUCAGAGACUUGUCAUUCGUUUCGCGCUGAGAAU